ACCGCGGUAAGUUUGACUUUUAGUCUCGUGACAUUGGAUAACACGGUUGCAAAGCCUUAGAAUGACUUUCUCCAGACAAAUGUAUUCGAUUAACCUAUUACGGACAAGUUGGCUGCAUUAUUAUGUUAGCAAUCGGUACUCAGUAGUUCCAGUCACUGGAUUAUCCGAAGCAUCAGUAGCUAGUGACCAGGAAUCUGAAACUAAUACCAACAAACUUAAAUCCCUCAAUUUCUCCGUGAAUUCAGUUACGUUACUCGGGACUGUCAUCGGAAUAAAAACAUUCCCAAUGCAAAAAACUCCAGAUCGCAACUGGACUCUGAUAUUUUUGAAAACUCAGUCACCCAGAUAUAUAAAUGCUGAAAAUAAAUAUUUAACUGAGACUUCUGAUGCGGAUGAAUAUGAUUUGAAAUUUAAAAUGGUAUGGUACAGUACAUCGAAUAGAGUUCAUGUUUUCAGUCCUAAAUUGGUCUGCGCUCUUAGAGAUGUUAAACUUGGUGAACGUUUACUAGUCACUGGAUUUCUUUCUUAUUAUCAAUCACCUAAACCUGAUGGAGCGGCUCAAAGAAACUGCUGCGUCACGGCUCAGCGCAUCGCUCAUAUGGGUUGGUCUAGUGAUUAUCAACCCAGUGAGAACCUGGCGGAAGUUCUUGAAACAUAAAUUCUAGAAGAUUUAUCAUUAUGUGUCUCACAACAUAUAUAUUUUAAUCUUCCCAUUAAUGCCAUCACAUCCAUCCAGCAAUCAAAGACUAAACGGUUAAUAGAAUAUUCAACGAAGUAAAUCCAUUCACAGUUCAUAAGAUGGGAUUGUGUCCUUAGUCGAUUGUCUAUUGUUCAAAAAAUAACACUUAAUAUAUACCUAUUUCGUUCUAUAUCUUGGAUAUGCAAAUAUUUUAUUGAAAUAAACAACGAAACUGAUUUUUUCCUGUAUGUCACUCGAUUAAGGAUAGACUGUCUUUUGAAACUUCGUAGUAGUUUUUAG